AUGCCGGAGGAGCUCACCAGCGCGACGGCGUCCCUGGCGGCGACGGCGAGGAUGUCGGCGCAGGAGACUAUCCCCGGGCAGGACGCCUCCAGCUCCAGCUUGAUGCCGUCGACGACCUCGAAGCCUCUGAGGGAGUUCGCAUUCGGUCCGGCGGUCUUCUCUCCGGCGAACGCCGGCGAGUCAUCCAGCAGCACCGACCCGUCGCAGCCCUGCGCCGGAGAGAGAGAGAGCUUAGAGAUCGCCGGAGCCGGAACUGGACAAUACUAG